GUACACCAUUCAACAACUAGUACCGAGCUUGCCCUAUAUAAACCCAUGCACCAUGCACCUCACAAACACCAAGUAUAUAAACAAAUAUAUCUUUUCAGUACUCUCCAAAAUGAUUUUUUCCAAAACCCUGUCCACUUGCUACUUCCAUUACGUUCUCUACUUUUCCCUUGCCCAUGCAGCUACAUUUGUUAUAACAAACAAUUGUCCCUACCCGGUUUGGGCUGGGGCCGUACCUGGUGGUGGCAUGCAGCUCAACCCAGGGGGUGGAACUUGGACUCUUGAUGUUGCCGCAGGCACCAAAGGGGCUCGCAUUUGGCCAAGGACUGGGUGCAAUUUCGAUGGGGCUGGGCGCAGUAGCUGCCAAACCGGUGACUGUGGUGGGCUUCUCCAAUGCCAAGCCUAUGGUGCACCCCCAAACACCCUAGCAGAAUACGCACUAAAUCAGUUUAACAAUUUGGAUUUCUUUGAUAUCUCUCUUGUGGAUGGGUUUAAUGUUCCCAUAGAAUUUAGUCCCACCUCUAAUGGGUGCACCCGUGGGAUAAGAUGUACUGCAGAUAUCAACUGGCAAUGCCCCAAUGAGUUGAGAGCUCCCGGUGGAUGCAACAAUCCAUGCACUGUAUUCAAGACCGAUCAAUAUUGUUGCAAUUCUGGAAGCUGCGAACCCACAAACUAUUCCAGAUUUUUUAAGGAACGUUGUCCCGAUGCUUACAGUUACCCUAAAGAUGACCAAACCAGCACAUUUACAUGCAAUGGUGGGACUAACUACAAGGUUACCUUCUGCCCUUGAAGCAGUGCUGGCGCCAUAAAAGAACUAGUACCUACCUACGUAGUAUUUAUGUGAUGAUGUAAUAAAAGCUUUAAUGUUGCUUGGUGAGCACACCCCGUAGUGUGCAAAAUGCAAAUGCCAAACUUAAUUCGUGCUCAGAGAUGAUUAUCAGGUUGUAAUAAUAUUUUGACGAAAGAUUAAAUAUAUAA